ACCGUAAGAUUCACACCUUCCUUCCACCGUCCACCUGUUAACCCAGUAAUCUCCCUUUGUAGCCACCACUUUGCACUAUAUAUAUAAACCACCUUUACCUUCUUCACAUCACACACUCCAUAGCCUUCUCUUUUCUUCUCAUCUGAAAACACCCUCAGCACACACACUUUUAACAAUGGCAGCCUUCUCAAGCCAUGCCAUCAAAACCAUCCCUUCAUUUUCCUUUCAGAAAUCUGUCACCACCAAACCAGAUUCGUUGUUCCUCACACCCUCAAAUAUCAAACCUUCAUCACCCUUCGUCUCAUCAAACCAUUCUCUUGCCAAAAGUCUCAAGCUUAACUCCACUUUGCCACACUCUUCUUUCACUUCAGUUCCCAAGAAAUCUUUCACUUGCAGAAGCCAGGCUCAGCCUGUUGACUCUGAAAAAGUCCAAGAACUGAGUGUGUACGAGAUCAACGAGCGAGACCGUGGCAGCCCUGUUUACCUCAGAUUGAGCAAUAAAAGUGUGAAUUCCCUUGGUGAUUUAGUCCCC